AGGUAAGAUGGCCGACUUUUAUUUGAUCGAAAACAAUCGCGCAGUGCGGACGCAAAGCCCGAUCGCUCCGCUGCUGCUCCCCGGGUGCGAUCAGUGAGUUUUUCGGGUGUGCGUGGAUGAUCGGCACCACCGCCGAAGAAGACACACAACAGUGCGCGACAGUGUCGGUCGAUCGUCGAGUUCUCGAGUCCGUUUGUUCCGCAGUGGCUGGUGGAAGCUCCGGUGCUUCCGGCAAAACGCAGCAAAAAGAAUAUCGAGUGCGUGGUUGGGGUUGCUCCCUUGCGAGUUUGACGGCUGAAGUUUCGUGUGCUCGCGGAGUAGAAAAGCGCAUUCCAAGCAAGUAAAAGAAAAGUGUCCUGUGAGAAAGUGGUUUCCCUCCUGUGUAUGUGUGUGUUGGUGUCUUGUGGCCCUCAGCAAAGGGGUUGGUCCUUUUUCGAAUAAGGCAGGUGGUUGCGCAGCUCUUGUAGCACACUAAUCAACCUCUCCAACGACGGAAUAACUCCGCGAGAUUCGGUGUGCAGUAGUAGUAGGCCGCGCUACAUUCCGUGAAGUUUUGUGUGCAGUGUUCAGUGUGCGUGUGCGGUGGAUUUCUGUGGCAGAAGAUGUGUCACUCAGCCAACAUCGGUCGUGUCGUGAUCUAUGGUUUCGAUCUAAAUUUCUCCCUACGGUCUUGUAAGCGAGCAUAGUGUGUGUGUGUGGGGUUCGGUGAAGAAGUUGUGGGAAUCAAACCCAGGCCGCUGUCUGUCCGCUCGGCAGAGCAGGUGGUGGAAUGUGAAGAAGAAAGUGAACGAAAUUCCUCGAAAGCAAAAAAAAAAAAAUCCUCCCAAGAGGAACAUUGCCCUCAAGUUUCGAAAAUAGUGCCUAUAGUAGGUGAACCGCACCAGCUUCCUACUCGGACGCGCGGUGCAAACUAGCUGGAUAGCAGGCAAACACGCUCAAACUCAGAAACAAUGGUGGUACCGACGAUGGAUACCCUGCCGAGGGUACCGGACACCCACGGCGACACCGUGGACGAGAAAGUAUUUUCCGACCUGUACAUCCGAACCAGCUGGUACGAUGCGACGAUAGCACUCGAUCAAAUAGAAAAGGGUAAAGCACGGGGGAGAAGGUCCUCAGUGUACAUGCGCUCCCUCUUCCAGUCCUAUCUCUACAACCUCGGCUGUUCGAUACAGAAGCACGCCGGCAAGGUCCUAUUCGUGGCGAUACUGGUACUCAGCACGUUCUGCGUCGGGCUGAAAUCGGCCACGGUCCACUCGAAAGUGCAUCAGCUCUGGAUACAGGAAGGUGGUUCGCUCGAGCAUGAGCUAGCCUACACGCAGAAAUCGCUCGGCGAGAUGGACUCCUCCACGCACCAGCUGCUAAUCCAAACGCCCAAAGAUAUGGACGCCUCGAUACUGCACCCGAACGCGCUACUGACGCACCUGGACGUGGUGAAGAAAGCGAUCUCGGUGACGGUGCACAUGUACGACAUCACGUGGAGCCUCAAGGACAUGUGCUACUCGCCCAGCAUACCGAGCUUCGAUACGCACUUUAUCGAGCAGAUCUUCGAGAACAUCAUACCGUGCGCGAUCAUCACGCCGCUGGACUGUUUCUGGGAGGGCAGCAAGCUACUGGGGCCAAAGUAUCCCGUCCAUAUACCUGGCCAAACGAACAAAGUGCAGUGGACCUCGCUCAACCCCCAGACGCUGCUGAAGGACAUCAAGGCGCAGAACUACCAGUUCCCGUUCGAAACGCUCGAGCAGUACAUGAAGCGGGCCGGCAUCAGCACCGGCUACACGGAGAAACCCUGCCUCAACCCGAAAGACAAGCAGUGUCCCGAUACGGCACCGAACAAAAAGUCGGGCCAGGUGCCGGACAUUGGCGCAAGCCUGACCGGCGGUUGCUAUGGCUUUGCCGCCAAGUAUAUGCACUGGCCGGAAGAGCUCGUUGUUGGAGGGGCGGUGCGCAACCGCACGCACCAUCUCCGGUCGGCAAAAGCGCUGCAGACGGUCAUUCAGCUGAUGGGCGAACGGGAACUGUACGACUACUGGAACAAUCACUACAAGGUGCACCACAUUGGGUGGAACCCGGACAAGGCGGCCGAGGUGUUGAACGCUUGGCAAAAGAAGUUUUCCGCCGAGGUGAACAAAAUCAUGCAGACGGAGGUGAAACCGCUGUCGUACUAUGGGGUGUACGCGUUUUCGUCGGCGACGUUGGACGAUAUACUGGGGAAACAUUCAAACCCGAACCCGAUCAGCCUUGGCAUUGGUAUUGCGAUUAUUUUGCUGUACACGGCUUGUACGUUGCUGCGCUGGAAGGAUGGCAUCAACGGACAGAGUGGAGUCGGUGUGGCCGGUGUGUUGCUGAUCACGGUAACGACGGCGGCCGGGCUGGGCUUCUGUGCGCUGCUGGGGAUCGCUUUCAAUGCCGCCACGACGCAGGUCAUUCCGUUUCUCGCGCUCGGGCUCGGCGUUGACCAUAUCUUUGUGCUGACGCAUGCGUACGCGGAGCGCGAUACGAGCGAACAGACGGGCCAGGUGCUGAAGAAGGCAGGGCUGAGCGUACUGUUUGCCGGGGCGUCGACGGCAGGGUCGUUCUUUGCGGCCACCCUCAUCCCGGUGCCGGCGCUACGUGUCUUCUGCUUCCAGGGUGCGAUCCUGACGGUGUUCAACCUGGCCGCCGUGCUGCUCGUGUUCCCGGCAAUGAUUUCGCUCGAUCUGCGCCGCCGACGGUCCGGGCGGGCGGAUGUGCUUUGCUGCUGCCUGCCAGCGCUCCCGAGCACCACGCACGACCUCAACACGCAGCGCAGCUACCACUACCAUCAGCAACCGCAACAGCCACAGCAGCAGCAGCAGCAGCAACAGCCGCAAAACAACAUCGAAGCGCAACGCCACGAGGAAGAGACACUGAUCGAGUGUCAGUCGAAAUCGUGCCUCAGCUUCUCGCUGUCCCGAUUUGCGAUCAAACACUACGCUCCGUUCAUUACGCGCAGCUCGGUGAAGGUGUUCGGGAUGCUGCUGCUAUCAGGCAUCGUUGGCGUCUCCCUGUUCGCCUCCAUGAAGCUCCCGGACGGACUCGAGCUCACAGACCUCGUGCCGCAAAACACGAACGAGCACCGGUUCCUGAGCGUGCAGGGCAAGCUGUUCGGCUUCUACAGCAUGUUUGCCGUCACGCAGGGCGAUUUUGAGUAUCCGAACAAUCAGAAGCUGCUGCACGAGUACCACGAAGCGUUCGUGCGCGUUUCGCACGUGAUCAAGAACGAUAACGGGGGGCUGCCGGACUUUUGGUUGAGCUUGUUCCGCGAUUGGUUGGUGAAUUUGCAGCGUGCCUUUGAUCGGGAUUAUCGGGAGGGACGGAUCACGCAGGAACGGUGGUACUCGAACGCGAGCAAUGAUGCGAUCCUGGCGUACAAGCUGCUGGUCCAGACGGGGCACGUGGACAACCCGAUCGACAAGAGUUUGGUGACGCAGGUGCGGCUGGUCGACUCGGAGGGUGUGAUCAAUCCGGAAGCGUUCUACAACUAUCUGUCCGCGUGGGCCUGGAACGAUGUGCUCGCUUACGGUGCUUCGCAGGUGAGUUUGAGAGAGAGAGAGGAUAAUUAG